AUGACUGGUUGGGGCCCCGAUCCGCAUCUUCCUACCCAGGAUGCCCCGGGCUGGAAUAGCAGAGGCAACGACGCUGUCGAUCAGAGCGGUGGCGGAAAUGCCAGCUGCAGCGGCUGUGGUCAGGCCAGCCACGACACGGACAGCUGUCCCAACGCAGUGAUUGCUGAUAGCUCAGGGUACCAGCUCGUUGGUGGCGAGAUCGACACCUGCUUCGGAUGCGGCGAGACAGGACACCGUCGUGCUGACUGCUCUAACGCCGAGCCUAUGACUUGUAACUACUGCAAGCAGCCUGGCCACAUGAUCAAGAACUGCCCAGACAAAGGAGCCCUGGUUUGCGGCAAUUGCGGAGAGGAAGGCCACAUAUGGAGGUCCUGCGAGAAGCCACGCAAAAUCAACCGCGACCAUGUCGCCGACGUCGACCCGGAAGUGGCCUGGGCCAAAUUGAAGCAGGCCGCUUCAGAGCGGGACGUCGACGACGCCCGGGAAGCCCUGCAGGAAUAUGUCAAGGCCCUGGACGGCGCGCCGACCUACAAGGAGAUACAGAUUGGUCUCAUCGGCAACCGAAUCAAUCUCUGGUUGAUUGGCCUCGACAGGCAGCUCGCUGGAGCGUUCACCAACAUGGACCUCCAGGGAAACACGGGAAAGAAGUACUCCAUCUCCUACAGAUUCUCCGAGAAGCCGUGCCGGCCCCGUGAGAGGGAGGGUUGGCCUGAGUCCAGGGAGGACCUGCUCAAUCGCCUCAACGACGCCGGAGACACCGUCGACUCUGGCAAGCAGCGCUGCUACAACUGCGGCGAAUUCGGCCACGGUUCCAAGUCUUGCACUGAGCCUCCUCGCGAGAGGGAUGAAGAACCCAGCCUCUGCCGUAACUGCAACGGCGAGGAUCAUCGUCUUCGUGACUGUCCCCUACCUCGUGUGGACAAGUCUGCUUGCAGGAACUGCGGUCAAUCCGGACACAGGGCCACCAGGUGCGGAGAGCCUGUCAACGUCGACAACAUCACCUGCCGCAAGUGCGAGAAGACCGGGCACUUGUCCAGGGACUGUCUCGAGGAAGGUGGCGGAGGUGGAGGGGGAUGUCGCAACUGUGGUCAGGCAGGCCACUUUGCCAAAGAGUGCGGCCAGCCUCGUAGCAUGGACCUUGUGACCUGCCGCAACUGCGAGAAGACGGGCCACGUGAGCCGUGACUGCCCCGAGCCCAAAGAUUGGAGCAAGGUGCAGUGCAAGAACUGCCAAAGAUUUGGGCACACGCAUGCCAGAUGCAAGGGGCCGUCGCAGGAUGCGCCCGUAGAUGACCAAGGCGGUCUUGACAAUGCCGGCUUCUCUGGCGAUGCUGGAGGCUUCAACAACGCCGCCAGGUUCCAAAAUGCCGCCGACUUUGCCCCGUCCACGGCGUCCACGGGUGGCAAUGGUAACGCUGGCGGCUGGUGA